AUGCAAAUACUGUCGACACUGACGCUUCCCGCCCUUGACCAUAUAUUUGCUGUUAGACCAAGCUCAGACUUACGGCGGCCGCUCCAAGGGACUGAAUCGCUUUUGUCCUCACUUGCCGAUAGUUUCACAAAAGGCUCCCCUUCUACUCUAUUGGGCGCUUUAGAAUCGUUAAAAAUUCGGAAGUCUCACCGCCAGGUUAUCAGCAACACCUUCCUCAAAGCUAGAGUUGAACCUCUUCUUUACGGCUUGCUGGUUGCUGGUGGGAGACUUGUGAGCGUUGUUAGGCCAAAGAAGCACUCUCUUCAUCCAGGAGACCUCCAGCUAAUCUUCAACAUGAUCUUCGAAGCAGAUGGGGUCAAGGCCGGUGGUGGGGAAAGCUGGAUCCCCAUAUGCCUGCCUGGUUUCAAUAACAGAGGUUACCUGUACAUGUACGUGAGCUUUCUUGACGUCCAGAGGGAUCGAGAAGCCGAUAAGAGUGCAGAAGAAAUGAAAAAGGAUGAUGUCGUGGCGAUCAUCUUGAUAAGCCCCAAUAAAGAGAGCUUUUAUACUUUGCACGAAAUGCGUGAUUCUCUUGUUGAGCAAAUGGAAAAGAACGGAAGCAUGGAAGUUCUCAGAGCAGCUCUAGAACAGGGGCGACCGGCUCCUACUGACAUCGUCCCCGGCACCGUGGUCCGGCACUUUUUAUACAAAUCAAAAGCGAAUGUCCAGUUCACCAUGUCAUCCUACUCUCCCGAGUUUAUGUCAAUACUAGAUCGUCGACGGCUUAUGUCGGCUUACCAUUCACUUCAUCUAAGCGUUCAUGGAAAACCUGCAAAUGUCAAGGUACAAUACUGUGUCUCAUCUUCUUUCAACUCACUUGCCUGGGUAACGCCAACAUUUGAACUCUACUGUGUGGCAUCGCCAAACUCCAAUCGAAACGCUUUAUCCCAGGGCGCAAAUAAAAUCGCAUUCUGGGCUCAACGAGAGCAAGAACGGCUUUUUAUAAUUGGUGGCGCAGUACGUUUUUCCUAUCUCCUCAUACCAAGCGGCCUACAAUUAGUUGGACGGAAACGAUGCUAA